AUGAUUUUGCCUGAACACCUCGAAGAAAAAAUAUCAGACUUUUCUAAAAGAUAUAUCUAUUACGGUAAUUACAAUUCGUAUUAUUCACCUUGGAAUUCUUACGGAAGAUGGAUAUUAACUGGUGUAAUUAUUUUAGCCUUUAUCAUCGCUAUGUUGAUCUAUUUCUUCAUUCGUCGUAGAAGAAUGCGCUCACAUACUGUAGUUUCUCCUAAUGCGAACUACUAUCAACCUGACCCUAAUUAUGGUCAGCAACCAAAUUAUGCCCAACAACCAAAUUACUAUCCUGAAAAUAAUGGUUACUAUGGGGGUGGUCAGAAUACUGGGUACGGUGGCGAACAAAGAGAUUUUGCUAAUGAAGGUAAGACGGUCUCUGACGAAUAUGCUCCCCCUCCAACUGCUCCACCUGCUGCUACUUACCCAUCUCGAUAA